CACUCUCAUCUCCCACCACCAUUGCCACCUCUGUCCCUCCCUUCCUGCCUCUGCCUAUCACUCUGGCUCUCUCUGCCUCCCUCCACAGCUGUUGUUACUGCGCGGCUCCUGCUCAUCAUUCCACCGUGAUGGAAAUGAAAUGAAGGUGGCUUAAUACAGCUAAUAGAGGCAUGCUUUGAAGGGUAUAGUUGUGGGAGGAGGGAGCUCUGCUGCCAGAUCCUUUUCCAUGGGCUGUGGAUUUGCGCUGCUGAGGCGAGGACAAGCAAUCACUCAGCCAUGCAGAAGCCCAGACAACAGGACUAAUCUCUCCACCUGACUUGUGGAAGAGUGGCACCACUUUUAUUUCUGCAUUAAUUUAUUCCCUGCUGCGAAAGACAGUUUGGGACAAUGGAGCCAGAGUGAAGUAGAUGGUACAUUUGUAGCUUUGACUGCAGUCUGCAGCACACAUGGAUGUGUUCAGCUUUGUCAAGAUGCCAAAGCUGUCAGGCCACAGGACCAAAUCCUCAGGCUGGCCACCCCCUUCAGGGACCUGGAGUGCGACGCAGGGACCCCCCAAUGGAUGGGACAUGGGCACUAAUAGAGAGGGGCGUGACUGCUACAUCAACCACAUCUCCCAGAGCAGCUCCCUGGAGGAGAUUCGUCUGGACGGAGACAAAUUUGUGCCACCAGCGCCCCGGAAGGUGGAGAUGAGACGAGACCCAGUGCUUGGCUUUGGUUUUGUGGCAGGCAGUGAGAAACCGGUAGUAGUACGUUCAGUCACACCAGGGGGUCCAUCAGAGGGUAAACUGAUCCCAGGAGACGAGAUCAUCAUGAUUAAUGAGGAGCCUGUCAGUUCAGCUCCGAGGGAGAGGGUUAUUGACCUUGUCAGGAGCUGCAAGGAAUCCAUUUUGUUAACUGUUGUUCAACCAUACCCAUCACCCAAAUCGGCAUUCAUCAGUGCAGCCAAAAAGGCCAAGUUAAAGACUAAUCCUGUUAAAGUCCGCUUUGCUGAAGAGGUCAUCAUCAAUGGCCAGGUUCCAGAAACUGUGAAGGACAACUCCCUUCUUUUUAUGCCAAAUGUUCUAAAGGUGUACCUGGAGAAUGGGCAAACUAAAUCGUUUAAAUUUGACAGCAACACAUCCAUUAAGGACGUCAUCCUGACCCUACAAGAAAAGCUAUCCAUUAAGAGCAUUGAGCACUUCUCUCUGAUGCUGGAGCAAAGAGCUGAUGGAUCUGCCAGCAAACUCAUGCUCUUGCAUGAGCAAGAGAUGCUCACUCAGGUGACACAGAGGCCAGGGUCACACAAGAUGAAGUGCUUUUUUCGCGUCACUUUUGUCCCAAAGGAUCCCCUGGACCUACUCAGGAGAGACGCGGUAGCAUUUGAGUACCUCUAUGUUCAGAGCUGUAAUGAUGUGGUAUUGGAGAGGUUUGGGUCAGAGCUGAAAUAUGACACAGCCCUGCGUCUGGCCACCCUGCAAAUGUAUAUUCUAACCAUCAAUACCAAGCAGUCCCAGAAAGUUUCCCUGAAGUAUAUAGAAAAGGAGUGGGGUUUGGCAUUGUUUCUGCCUCCCGCAGUGCUGUCGAGCAUGAAAGAGAAGAACAUCAAAAAAGCCCUCACUCACAUCCUCAAAACCAACCAGAACCUGGUGCCCCCUGGUAAAAAGCUGACUGCCUUACAAGCAAAGGUUCAUUAUCUGAAGUAUCUCAGUGACCUGAGGCUGUAUGGAGGACGUGUGUUUAAAUCCACAUUAAUUCAAGGCGAGAAGCAUACAGAAGUGACAUUGCUGGUGGGGCCCAAAUAUGGAAUCAGUCAUGUGAUUAACACCAAAACGAACCUGGUGGCACUUCUGGCUGAUUUUAGUCAUGUUAAUCGCAUCGAGAUGUAUACAGAAGAUGAGAACAGGGUUAGAGUGGAACUACAUGUCAUGGAUGUAAAGCCUAUCACUCUCCUAAUGGAGUCUGUUGAUGCGAUGAAUCUGGCUUGUUUGACUGCUGGGUACUACAGAUUACUGGUGGACUCCCGACGCUCCAUCUUCAACGUGGCCAAAAAUACAGACAGUAUGGAAACAAGCCAUGCAGUGAGAACAAAGCAGAACUAUCAGGCCAUCGAGUGUACAUACAGCACGCCUCAUAAAGGGUAUGAGGACAGAAAUAACCAGAGGUUCAGCCAAGAUUAUUCUGACCAGGAGUGUGAAUAUGUCAACCACAGGAGAUGUGAGGGCCAACUAGUAUAUACAACUGAGAUACACCAGCCUCAGCACUCAAUGCUCAUGGCAGAAAGAGCAGAGUGCUGCAGAAUCCCUUGCUCCCAAACUUAUCUUAACAUCCCCAGGCCCAAAUCCCAAGACUCCUCCAGGAGUGCAAAGGUCUCCUUUAUAUUCGGAGAUCCUCCCUUAGACUGUGUAAACCCCCAAAAUUUGGGCUACCAAAGACUGAUGGAUGAAAGCCCAGAGAUUCUGGACAAUCACAGCCCCAUGUACAGGCGUCUCGAGGAGGACUAUAAGAUGAUGGAUGCCAUAGAAGAUGAGGAUGGGUAUCACUAUACCACCAAAAUCUUUGGUCCUACUGAGUGCAUUGAGGAGCCACUGCUACACGAUAUCUGCUACGCAGACACAACUGAUGAUGCUGAGGAUGAGGAUGACAUCAGCUGUGAGGAGGACAUGAUGAUGAGUGACAUUGACAAGCCUAUGUUACUAUCUCUCUCAGGGUCCACGGAUGACAUCAUUGACUUGACCUCCCUCCCUCCUCCACCGGAGGGUAAUGAUGAGGAGGGCAAUGACGUACUGCUGCACUCUCUUAACCUGGCCAUUGCUGCUCCUCCUCCUGGCUUUAGGGACAGCUCUGAUGAGGAGGAGCAGCAGGGCGGAGCUGGGACUCGAGCCCAGGGAGCUGGCAAUGACAUCCCAGUGUCUCUCAUAGAUUCAGUGCCCACCCAUAGAGCGGAGGGCAACGGAGAGCCCCUGGACAAUGCAGUGGUGUCCACCUUACAGGCACUUGAGGCCCUCGCUGCAUCAGAAGAACAGAGUCCAGCACAGUCGGAUAGUAGCACAGGUGUAGAAAUAUCACGAGCAUUUAGUCCUGAGUCCUCAGAUUCUGGCAACGAGACAAACUCUUCUGAGAUGACAGAAAGCUCUGAGCUGGCCAGCGCUCAACGACACUUAGAGAGCCACCUGAGGAUGCAUGUAGCCACUGCAGAAGGAUACCACGCCAUGAAUGAUGAAAAGGCCAAUGUGUCUGCACAGAGUGAUGGUAGAGCAGGAACUCUGCAGUACAAUCCACAGGAGCAUCAGGACGACGAGGUGAAAUCAUCUGCUGUUGCUUCCUCUCAGAUAUUUCACUCAGAUGGAGGCGAGAUGGAGCCAGAGACAAUGGAAAUAAAAUCCGUCAGUGAAUACUUCACUAAGAUGCACAUGGGCUCAGUAAUGAGCAGACAGAGAGGAAAACAGAGGGAGGCAGACAGCAGAAUGCAGGGAGAUACCUGUGAAUCCUCUGACAAAUUGCACAUGACUUCUCAAGACUCAGCUAAAGAGGAGCCCCCUCAUCUUGUUGGGAAGUAUAAUGCUUUCACUGUGAGAGAUUCUUAUUACAUGAAUCAACUCGAUCUAGGGAGGAUUCACUUAAAAGACAUGCAUCAAGCAAUGCAGCAGAAAGCAACUGUAAACAAAAUGGCAGAGAGCCUCUCUCCAGAAUGUGUGAAUAAGUCACAGGCUCCCUUUACAGACAGGUUGAUAAUCAAGGGAGAAAAACAGGACUCGGAUCAAAGAAGCCAAAAGAUAAAUGCCCAUCUCCGCUCCCCAUCCCAAGGGCCCAUCUCUGCACAGGGAGAUGCCACAAAACAGGAUAAUGAGCAGCAGCAAAUUAAGAUUCCAGCGUCAGAGCAAGACACCACGCGGUUAUAUGAAUACCAUGUGAGCAAGCGUAUGUCAUCGAUACAGAAUGAGGGUAUGCAUUCACUCCAAAGCUCACAGUGUUCUUCUAUAGAUGCUGGCUGCAGCACAGGCAGCAGCAGCUGUGCCACUCCGAUGGAUUCUCCCCUUUGUGCCACGGACAAUAUGCAUAUACUGUCAGAGUCCUCCAUCAAGGGGAUUAGUUAUGUAGCUGCUGAGGAGAGGGCUUAUGGGCCUCCAAGCCAGGGGAAGGUUGGCCAUCCCAUGGAUCCCACCCUGCUGAGGAAGAUCCACGCAGCUACCAGUGCUGAGCCUGGGUUCACAAAUGCACGGGAUGGCAGUCACCGGAUUCCCAAGAUAAAAGAAACCACAGCUUGCACACAGCUGAAGAAGCCUGGGAAAGAUUCAUCUUUAGCUCUCUGUAACAAGACCACCACCAAAACCAUGUCACCACCGUCAUUACAAAGUAGCACAGAGCCCAGUCAGCUAACAAGGGCUAUCUCCGAACCCAACUCACACGCCCUGGCUAUCCCCUCAAACGGAUCGUCAUAUGACCCAACAACAGGCAGCAUCAGGAAGCCACACAGGGUUCGGAUGCUCAGGAGGAGUUGGAGCACUAUGAUGCCAGGUUCUAGGAGCUUAGAAGCACUGAUAGAGAAGACCAAAGCCACACUUACAUGGAAGAGUGGUAGUCAGAAUUUCCAGUCUCAAGAAGCCCCCAAAGUACAGAGAAUAUACUCUGCCAAAACCUUACCCAAAAGCUUUUCCCAGGGUUCGGUCACCUCUGAUUCACCUGGUAGAGGGCUGCAAAGAGGAGCCACACAGCUGCUGGCAGCAUCGACAGCGCCGAGGUUGGAUGCAGGUACCUGGAGGUGCCGAGGGCCGUUCAGCCACUGCUUCCUCCGGGGGAAAAAGACAAAUACUGAUGGUGAUAGAGAAAACAGAAACAUGCCCCCUGAUGCUCUGUGUUCUCUCAGCACAGUGUCUAUCUGCUGUGAGGAAAAAACAAAGCAGAAAGCAGGCCAUAAAGCUGAGCAGAGUAAUAAGGCUACUCCUGUGAAUGAUGUGAGCCUUGCAGCAAGGCUAGCAUGUGUAAAUUCCAUGAAGGGCAAAACCUAUAGCCUCCACACAGGGUUCGCACUUGCUAGGAAGGAUGCCUUAGAGAUGGUCAGUGUGUUGCGUUCCAGCAUAGGCCACUUGUCCAGUAUGGAUAAGCAUGAGGUCCAUGACACUGAUAUGGAAACAUGCUCCCAGCUGCUUAUCAUGCAGGCCAAAGUGCUGAGCAGCUCCUGCAGUCAGAUGCCCCAGGAGUACAGCAGCCCAGAGGAGUUACUACUCACUCUGACACACAGCUUUCACACAGUCUGCUGUCUAACGCAAGCCUGCAUGUCACUGGUGGAAGGCCUGAGCACAGAGAGGGACCGGUGUGAGGUGGUGGCCAAGGUAGAUGAAAUUGUCAUGAACUACGUGUCUCUGUUGAAAGCUGCAGAGACAGCUUCUGGAAGUUCCCCCAGUGGCCAAAGUGUGAAUGCAUUGACACAUCACUCUGCCACCAUGUCUGCUAUUAUUACCGCACUAAUUAAGUCACUGGAAACACUGCUCAACAAAUAAACUGUAGUUAUUUUGUCUUGAUUAUUGAUUUUAAAGCCAUAUAUGAGAGACAUGGGUUUAAAAACCAAUGUGAACUGCUGUGAAAAUAAAUCUUGCCUUGUGUACACAAUAUUUUAUGUAAAGUAGAAAUAAAAUUAUAUAAAUCCUGUAACUUUGAAAUAGAUUAUAUGAAGGCCUCAUACAACCCUCUAAAAUAUAUUAUAUAUAAAACCCACAAACACACACACACACACAUAUUAUAUAUAUAGCUGUAGACAAAUCACUGCAAAGGACAAUACAUGAUCCAAUAAAAGGAAUGCAUAUGACUUUUUUUAUUUGCUGGAUUCAUCUUGCGUUAAUAACUACUUUACACAUGGACACAUUAGUAUUUUCCUGUUAUUUUUUUGUGUGAACAUCAUUAAAAAAAAUAAAACUUUUAAACUCUCAAAUGACUUUUGUCUAUUGGUGUCUGAACUCUGUAUAUUCAGUCGGAAUACACUACCAACCUCUCGCACAGUGCCACAGUUUUGUAUUUUGCAGUGGCAAAUUAUCUUACGGAGCCCGUCUGGUGACAUGGUUGGAAAAAAAAUAUUCCGUGGCCACGAAUUAAUAACGCGCGGGAACGAGAUCCUAUUCCUAUUACGACUUGCUUAAAUGCGUGGGAAUGAGAUGAUUAUUAGGUGGCUCCUUCCCGACCCAGGACCUUCUCUCACCCUCUGACCUGCCCGAAUAGAGCAGCACCCUCUCUGGGUUCGGAGUCCAUCAAAACAUGCUAUAUAGCAUGAAUUAGAAAACAAAGAAAUUCAUCGUAAAAUCAGAUGAAAUCAGACGCCUAUGACACCACCCCAUCAAUCUGGAACUUGGAAAAAAAAAAAUUUCCACCCAUGUCACCAGACGGGCUCCGUAUUAUCUUGGUCAAUCACUGAAGCAUUAAAACAGAAUACCACAAACAGGCUGAGUGACUUUUCUAGACUUUCAGUCUAACACUUUCAUUUCUGCAUUUGCAUUACUCACUCAGAGAAGAUGGUAAAUUCAUGUAUAGUUGUAUUACUUAUGUUAAUAAUUUCUAAUUUCUCAUGCAUGAGCGGUGGCAGUGCUUUUUGCAUUAAUCAGGAUAAUUGCUCAUUUAAUUUGCAGGUCUGGGAUGUCUGGAUUGUUUGCACAAUUGUAUGUGAGAGUAGACAAAGCAGAUGUGUAGUGUUUAUGCAUUUUGAACAAGAGUCUACACAGCCACGCUGAUCUGUGAGGUUUUAUUUAGCCACAGCUUUACUUUGAGCUAAAUGAUACCAUUAGCAUGCUAAUAAACUUACACACAUCAUGAUAACCAUGUUUUAAGCCUGUUUAGUUAGUCAUCUCCCAGAAAACAAUGCUGUUUUCCUUUUCUGCAAACCAUGGGGAAUGUUCAAUUUGUCCACAAAAUGUUUUAAUGUUAGGUUUUGGUCAAACCCAACAUCAGAAGAUUAGUUGCAGAUUGCUGUAGUGCAAUGUAUGAUGCCAUUCUGCUGUGUUUUAUGUUGCAAUGCAGUGUGUUUUAAUGAAUAAUACAAUGUUGUGCUGACAA